AUGAUGCUGAUGAUUAUUCAAAACCCCCAGAAUCAGUACAACAACACUCGUCGCAAGCGCCUCCGCAUAAAGAGGACAAUGGCUAGCUGCAUUACCAGGUCUUCGCUCAGAACCUGGAGACCAUCAAGGCCUGUUCGCCACUCCCUCGCCGAUCACGCUCCCCGUGAUCGCCAACGCUCGCCCCAGCCCACCGGCAGUCUGCAUCAUGAGCGCAGCUUGGCUACGACCCGGCCUGUAGCCUUGGGGCCGAGGAGACCCUCAGCCCAGCCGACCAGCUUGGCUGUCUCGAGGCCUGCGCCGCCCAGCUCGGCCGGUUCCUCGGUGACAUCCAGGACUACUGCAACCAGCUCAUUGAGGUCUGUGACGGCUGUCUGGCGAUCAAGAAGCGCAGGUGCGCACUGUGGACGCUCGUCAAGCUCGCCGCGGACGCCUCGCCCCUGA